AGGCAGUAGGUGGAGAGAAAUGCGAGGUAGUAUGAACUGUCUUCACAAACUCUGAAUCCCAAAUCCUCUCUUCGUCUGUCUUUUCCCUGGCCCCCAAUUCCUCCCCUGAACCUCUAGAUCUGGAUCCAUCGACGACGACCUGCAGCGCCAAAACAUAGAAACGAGAUCCAUCGACGAUGGAAUCGGAGCCGGCCGUGCUACCCGACGACGCGCUCGCGGAGGUUCUCCGGCGUCUCCCCCCGCACAUCCUGGCCGAGGCCCGGCGAGUCUGCAAGGCGUGGCGCGACGCCGUCGACGACCGCUUGCGCGGCAGCCUGCUUCCGCGCUCGGUGCGCGGCAUCUUCAUCAACUUCACCGGGAAUUGGUUCUCGGAGUUCUUCUCCCGCCCCUCGACGGGCCCGGCGAUCGACGGAGGGCUCGAUUUCCUGCCCUGCAUGGGCGUUAGGGUCAAGGACCACUGCGAGGGCCUUUUGCUUUGCCGCGAGUCGAGCUUCCGUGCGCUGCCAUGCCCGCAAGAGUACGUCGUCAACCCGGCCACCCGGCGAUGGGCGCGUUUGCCCAAACGCCCCCCGCCGCUCAUGCAAGGAUUCGACCAUACCGCCCACCUCGCGUUCGAGCCCGCCGUGUCGCUGCACUAUCAGGUCUUUGUGAUCCCACGCGUGCCAUGGCGACUGCCAUCCGACGGAGAAUCCGACGACGACAAUGACAACCCGUUGCUCGAAUUGGAAUGGCCUCCCGCAUCAUACCACAUCCAUGUGUACUCGUCAGUGACUCAGCGAUGGGACGAGACUACCUUCUUUCGGGAAGGGGAAGCUGCCGGGAUCGUUGCCGACAUGCAGUUGGAUUGCUGGUAUGAUCCGUCUCUCUAUCAUGCCGUAUACUGGCAAAGCGCACUCUACAUCCAUUGCCAACAUGGCUAUCUUACGAGAAUGUCCUUGUCAGAUCACUCGUACAGAGUAAUUAAACUACCAGGUGUCGGUGGAUUGAUAGUAUAUUCCAACCACCGUCUCGGGAGAUCAUCGCAAGGGGUGUAUUGUGCAAUACUUGAUGGCUCAAUACUUGAUGGCUCGAAACGACUUCAGGUUUGGUAUCUCAGUGAAUCGUGCGGUCGAAUACAAUGGGUGUUAAAACAUGAUACCCGUCUUAAGACCGUCUAUGGUCAGGAACUGGGCAGACAAUGGAUCUUACAACAGGUUAACCUCCGUAAGGAGGACCCUGAGCACAAAGUCCCAGUGGACGAAAAAUAUGACUAUGACUGGAACUCUGAUCAGGAUAACGUUCUUGACACUGAAGACAUCAUUGAAGAAGCUGAAGAUGUUAUUGAAGACGGACAACACAUAUCUUAUGGUUUCCUUGGAUUUCAUCCUUAUAAAGAGGUUGUCUUCUUGAAUACAUCAACAACAGGACUAGCCUAUGAUUGGAUCAAUUCAAAAUUUCAGGACUUGGGCAGUUCAUGGACAUGGGAAGAGUAUGGAACACCAUAUGGAAAGACAUGCAUAUCUUUCCCAUACACGCCUUGCUGGAUAAGCAAGUUUCCUGGAAACGAAUUAGAAUCUCUUCUUUUAGACGAGAAGCUAUAUAGGAACAAGCUAGAACUGGAAGCUCAACUUGAGGAGGAAUCCAACUUCACCUACAUGGGCGAGUAUGAGCUGCGCAAGCAGUCUGGGCGUGCCAAGAGGAUCAAGGACUCUGCCGCCAAGAUUCGUCACAGACACCACAUUGCCGCUCGGCAGGAACACAUCAUUACCGACAUGAAGUCGAAGGUGAAUCUCACUAGGGCGACCAAGUUCAGCCUUGGCAAGGCCACCACAGAACUAGUCACCGCCAUAGUUGGAUCCUAGCUACCUACUUGAUUAGUUUCCUGGAAACAAAGAUGAGUAUGUAUGUGCAAAUCAGAUGCCCUAAUCAUCGCCAGCUUCAUUUAUCUUGCCUUACUUAUCUACUAUCUAUUUGUGCUCAGCUGUUGUCGGAGCCUUGUCUCGGUACUCUGCACAAUUUGUAUCGUUGUUAUUUUGGUUUGCCUUGUAAGACUAUGUGACUUUGUUAUUUUCCGUUGUCGGGCUUUAUUAAUUUAA